AGUUCCGUUUUAACUUUCUUCUACUCCAAAACUCUCGCUCUUUUAAUGCUCCUCCUCUCCGAUCACCCGCCGCCUCCAUGUAAACGCUCUCUCUCUCUCUCUCCUCCCCCCCCCCCCCCCCUCUCUCUCUCCAUACAUAUACGUUUAUACAUAAACCUAUAUAUCUCUGUGUUGUUGUAUCUAUUCCCCUAGUCCUGAACCGCAGGAGGCCACCACCGUCAUCAUGAAGAAAAAAACCUCCUCCUCGUCAUCACUUCUCUCACCACUCUCCGCCCGCCACGUGUUCUGGUUCGGCUGGAAGCUCGUCAUCGCCCUCUCCAUCUCUCUCUGCCUCCUCGCCCUCCUCCGCCUCCAGUACUACUCCUCUCAAGAAUCCGACGACGACGAUCUCUCUCGCUCCUCCUCUUCUUCUUCCCGUUUUACCCCUCGCAGAUCUCGGAUUUACAACGUCCACUUCCAAGGCCCUCCCAAGGUCGCGUUCCUUUUCCUCGCCCGCCGCAACCUGCCCCUCGAUUUCCUCUGGGGCACCUUUUUCGAGAACGCUGACGUGGCGAAUUUCUCGAUACACGUGCACUCGGAGCCCGGAUUUGUGUUCGAUGAGUCGACGACGAGGUCUGCAUUCUUCUAUAAUCGGCAAUUAACUAAUAGCAUUAAGGUGGGAUGGGGAGAAGUGAGUAUGAUUCAAGCUGAGAGGUUAUUACUAGGAGCGGCUCUUGCGGAUCCAGCAAACCAGAGAUUUGUUCUCUUGUCAGAUAGUUCCCCAUUUGUAUUGUGCAGCUGUGUUCCUUUGUACAACUUUAGCUACAUAUACAGUUAUCUGAUGGCUUCGCCAAGGAGUUUCGUUGACAGCUUUCUUGAUCUUGAUAAAAAAGGCCGCUACACCCCUAAGAUGUCAGCUGUAAUACCGAAGAUUAAGUGGCGAAAAGGGUCCCAGUGGAUUUCUUUAGUUCGCAGCCAUGCGGAAGUUGUUGUAGAUGAUGAGGUUAUCUUUCCUGUCUUCAAGAAGUUUUGCAAGCGACGUCCACCCGUAGAUGUCAGCAAGGGAAAGCAGAAUAGUAAACUUCAGAAGCAGCACAACUGUAUCCCAGAUGAACACUAUGUUCAGACCUUAUUUGCAAUGAAUGAUCUUGAUGGUGAACUUGAGAAAAGAAUGGUGACGUACAGUUUAUGGAAUGAAUCCGUGACGAAUAUGGAGAACAAAGGGUGGCACCCUAUGACGUUUAACUAUGCAAAUGCAGGUCCUCAGCAAAUCAAACGCAUAAAGGACAUCAUUUCUGUAUACUACGAGAAUGAGCACCGCAGAGAGUGGUGCAGUAACAAUUCUACCUGCGUACCCUGUUUUUUAUUUGCAAGGAAGUUUUCUCGAGGCGCUGCCAUGCAUCUUUUGAGCGGAGGAGUUCUCGGCCCUUUCGAUGCCUCUGCAUUAUUCGAUACACAGCCGUGAUUUUCCUCAAUGCCUCUGACCACCUGUGUUUUUCACAGCAUAUCUAACCAACAACUUGUUAUAGAAAGAGGAGUUCGUGAAUAGGAAUGCUCGGGAAAGUUUUGAUACAACGCAAUCCAAAAAUUUGUAACUGCGGCUAAUUAAAAUAAGAUGUAGUGGGGCAAAUAGUUUUCGAGGAGGGAAUGAGGGAAGUAAUGGAGUAUCAUUUUUAGUCUGGUUACCUGAUUUUUACAAUAGUAGUAUGUUGUUCCUAUGAAGCAUAGGAUUUUCCUUUUUGUCUAAUUGCAUUUAUGUACUCUUGUAGAGAAAGUAUUGUCUUAUCCAUUCCGUGAAA